AUGCGUCGAUCUUCCGAGACCAACGCUGAGGAGGCGUUGGCACGAAUGGGCUACAAGAGUGAACUACCACGCAAUCUGAGCAUGUUGAGUAUUCUGGGACUCUCGUUUGCCAUCAUGGCCGCACCCUUCGGUCUGAGCACCACCAUGUCCAUCACCCUCACCGACGGUCAAUCCGUCAGCGUCAUUUGGGGAUGGGUGCUUGUCACCCUCAUCUCCAUCGCCAUCGCCGCCUCGCUCGCCGAGAUCUGUGCCGUGUAUCCGACCGCCGGGGGCGUCUACUACUGGAGCGCCAUGCUCUCCACCAAGGAAUGGGCCCCCAUGAUGUCCUUCAUCGAUGGCUGGUUGACCCUCGUCGGCAAUUGGACCGUUACGCUGAGUAUCACCUUUUCCGGCGGCCAGUUGAUCCUCAGCGCCAUCUCCCUGUGGAAGGAGGACUUCGUCGCCAACGCCUGGCAGACCAUCCUCAUGUUCUGGGCCGUCAUCCUGUUCUGUGCCCUGGUCAAUAUCUUUGGCUCUCGCUAUCUGGAUUUAAUCAAUAAGGUGUGCAUCUUUUGGACCGGAGCCAGUGUCAUCAUCAUCCUGGUGACACUCCUGACGAUGGCCGACCAUCGUCGCGAUGGUGCCUUUGUCUUUGCCCAUUACGAUGCCUCGGCUAGUGGAUGGCCAUCGGGAUGGGCCUUUUUUGUCGGCCUCCUGCAGGCCGCCUACACCCUGACCGGGUAUGGCAUGGUGGCUGCCAUGUGCGAGGAGGUGCAGAACCCACAUCGCGAGGUCCCCAAAGCUAUCGUUUUAUCUGUCGUUGCCGCCGGUGUCACCGGUCUGGCCUACCUGAUCCCCAUCUUAUUUGUGCUCCCCGACGUGAAGAUGCUGCUGAGCGUCGCCAGCGGCCAGCCCAUCGGGCUCUUGUUCAAGACGGUGACCGGAUCUGCGGGUGGUGGAUUCGGGCUACUGUUCCUGGUCCUGGGCAUCCUCAUGUUUGCCGGUAUCGGCGCGCUGACGGCCGCCAGCCGCUGCACCUACGCCUUUGCCCGCGACGGGGCCAUUCCGGGAUUUCGCCUAUGGCGUAAGGUCCACUCGACCCUGGAUGUGCCCGUGUGGGCGAUCCUGCUGUCAACCGGCAUCGACUGCCUGCUGGGGCUGAUCUACUUCGGAUCCACCGCCGCCUUCAACUCGUUCACGGGCGUAGCGACCAUCUGUCUGUCGACCUCGUAUGGCGUGCCGAUUCUGAUCUCCGUGCUGCGCGGUCGGCAGGCCGUCAAGGAGUCCACCUUCUCGCUGGGACGCUUCGGGUACGCGAUCAACAUCUUGACCAUCUGCUGGAUCGCGCUGGCCGUGGUGCUGUUCUGCAUGCCCACGUCGCUGCCCGUCACCGCGGCUUCAAUGAACUACGCCAGCGUCGUGUUUGCGGGGUUUGGGGCCAUCAGUGUGGCGUGGUACGUCGUGUAUGCACGCAAGCACUUCACGGGGCCGCCGGUCAGCAGCGAUGAGGUGAUGAAUCUGUCGCAGGUGAUGACAGGGAAGGCGAUUGCGGACGUCGAAAAUGGCGACGAGAUGGAGAAGAAACAGUGA